AAAUUAAUUUAAAUAAAUAUUAUAAAAUUUAAACAAAUUAAUAAUAUGAUUACAUUAAUGAGAAAUAUUGUUUUAUCAAAUAAAUUUUUAAUCAUUAAAAAACAUAAAAAUAUACGAUUAACCAUUGUUAAUAAUCUUCAUAUAAAACAAGUUUUAUAUAAUAAAAGUGAAUCUAAGAAUGAAAUUAUACCUUAUCGUUUUAAUGUGAAAAGAAAAGAGAAAGAAACUUUCUUGGAAAUUAUACAUAUAUAUAAAAAAGAUGAUCGUGCUAGAAAAGGACAAUUGCAAUUUAUUUUAACUGCUUUAAAAUAUAUGGAUGAAUUUGGUGUAAAUAAAGAUUUAGAAGUAUACAAGGAAUUGUUAGAUAUAUUUCCAAAAAACAAAUAUAUACCAAAAAAUAAAUAUCAAACUAUGUUUUACUAUUAUGCAAAACAUCAAGAUGUAGCUCUACAUAUACUUAAUAAAAUGGAAAAAAAUUUUGUGAUCCCUGAUUUUGAAAUGCAACAAAUGAUUAUAAGUAUUUUUGGUGAUAAGAAUCUAGUUAUAAAAAAAUGUUGGAGCAUAUUUUAUUGGUUUCCAAAGUUUUCUGAACUAAAUCCUUGGCCAGUACCCAGGCCGGUACCAAUAGAUCCAAAAGAACUUGCUAAAUUUGCUAUAACAAAAAUAUCUGGUGUAGAUGUACAAGCUAAUACUAUUAUAUUUAAAACAAAAGAUGCACCUGAUGCAAUUGAUGAUACAUGGAUUGUAUCUUCUAUGAGUAGAUCACAACAAGAACUUCUUGCGGUACAACCAACUAAUAAAUCAUUAAUUGUAGAAGGUCCUUUUAUGAUAUGGGUUGAUAAAUAUUAUAUUAAUUAUUUUGUAUUAAAAGGAGAUCCAAUAAAAAGAGAAAUCAUUUAUGAAGACUAUCAUGAUGUAUCUCAUUUGCAAAUUCCAUUUUGGGAAAAACAUCACUUUAAAAUACCUGUUACUACACAUGAACAAGAAGAUGGGGUAUAUUAUGCAAUUUGUGCUACAGGUACAUCUUCCAAAGAUUCUCUGUUAUCAUGGAUAAGAUGUCUACAAAAAAUAAAUCCCAUUUUAGAAAAAAUACCAAUAACAUUUAAAAUAAAAUCACUUUCAAAUCAACAAUUAUAUAUUGAAAAUAAUAAAAUAUCUAAUAAAAAACAAAUAUCUCAAGAUAAAAAUAUAAUA